AUGCAGAUCCAGGAAAAACAGGGCAUGUCUUGGAUUGUAAAAGCUAUUCUUAGACAUAGAAUUAUCAUUUAUGGCAUGGAUGAUUGGAACGGAAUGACGACGAAAUACUCGGUGGGAAAGGUGUAUCAGUACCUCAAGAAGGAUGAUCCUGAUGUUGGGUGGAAACAUAUGUUAUCCAACAAUAUUGCUAUACCGAGAGCCUAUUUUACUAUGUGGAUGGCUUGCCACCGUCGACUUGCGACAAGAGGACGGCUCAAAAGACUUGGCCUUACGACUGAUGACAGCUGCAAAUUCUGCGACAAGGAGGAAACAAUGGACCAUCUUUUAUUCGAUUGUCCACCGUUUAAAACCUGUUGGCAACAGAUUCUGGUAUGGUUGGGAUAUCAACACUUCCCUUGUGAUUGCAGUGAAGCACUUGAGUGGUUAAUCGCACAUUGUAAAGGGAAAGGCUGGAGGAAGUGCAUUUUGUGUAGCUCUGUAGCGGAAACCAUCCAUGAAAUUUGGAGGUAUCGCAACAAUGUCGUCUUUGGCAAUACGGUGAAUUUUUGGGAGGUUAGAGAGUUAGUCACUUCUACCCUUGCUAAUAGAGGGUGGGUUAAUACUAGUAUGAGACAUCAUAUAGCUCAAUUACUUUUAGAGUAG